UCACUCCAUCCUCAUGCUCUAACAGACAAACAGGAAUAGAUAAGCCCGAGGAACACAGAGGAACCUUUGUCUUGGUUCUUCUCUACACACUUUAUUGUCCACUCCACUCAUCUGAUUCUUUCACUCUUCUUCUUCUUCUUCUUCUUCUGUACAUUUUGUAAGCUGUGAUUUUGCAGCAUGUGUACAGGAAGGUGUUCUCGUUUCGUCGCCGGAGCGCUUUACCCGCUGGCCCUCAUCUCCAUCAUCUGCAACAUCAUCCUGUUUUUCCCCGACUGGAAGGUUACUUACGCCAAGGAUGGACACUUAACCGAGGAGGUGAAAUACAUGGGUGGACUGGUCGGAGGAGGAUUCAUGGUUAUAGCUCCAGCUCUGUUUAUUCAUGUCACUGGUAAGCAAGGAUGCUGCGCUAACCGCUGUGGGAUGUUCCUGUCCAUCCUGUUUGCAGCAGUAGGAGUGUGUGGCGCCCUCUACAGUUUUGUAGUGGCCAUGUUAGGUCUGAUUAACGGGCCGUACUGCAAAAUGGUUCUCGCGUGGGGGACUCCGUUUAAAGACAUGUCAGAGAGUUACCUGAAAAACCAGAAUUUGUGGUAUUUGUGUACGGAGCCGAAGGGUGUGGUGGAGUUUAACAUCGGUCUGUUCUCCACUCUGCUCGUCUGCAGCGCUCUGCAGCUCAUCCUGUGUGCAUCGCAGAUGAUCAACGGCCUCAUCGGCUGCAUCUGUGGAGCCUGCGUCGAGAAAGGGCCUCUGUAAGUGCGCACGUCACCCAACGAGCCCUAACGAGUCCAAUCUAGCGUGAUUGGAAUCAGCUUUUCAUCCCACACACGAUUAACGAGCUAACCUGACUGUAAAGUGUGUUAAUAACGUGUUAAUAAAUCAAAUAAAUCAAAUCUAUCAGAGUGUAAUAAAGACGUAAAAUGAAGAUGACGCUCUGCAGCAUUAGCAUUAAUCUGCCUGAUUGUUUUAUUUACUGACAAAUUUGUGGCUUUUUACAUUUUUAUUGUUGAUGGUUGAACAUGUUGUAAUCUUUUCAUCUUUUGAUUAAUAAACCUGUUUAUAUUCUGGUGUGUUUA